GAGGGCAUACUUGGUAAGCAGCAAUGUAAUAAAUGAAGAAAAUUAUUCAAAUGAAGUGACUCGACCAGUUAUCAUCAAUUACACCUCGUCCUUCAGAGGAAAACGACAUUCCGAGCCUUUCAGACGGGUUGGGUCAGUGGUCCAGUCCUCCUCAGACUGCCGCAUAGUCCACAACAUCAUUUCUAGCGGGUCGACUACCUUGCCAUACGAUACGCACCAACUUUCCCUUCAAGAUGGAUCAGAAAACCUACGUGGAAGGAUUCCAUGACCCAAAGCAGGUCAAGAAAAUGACUUAUACUCAACUUGGCAACACAGAUAUGUUCCUCUCAAGAUUGGCCCUCGGAGGCGGUCCCCUGGGAGGGGUAUACGGCGAAACCGCGGAAGACGAAUGCAUCAAGACUGUCCACACGGCUUUGAAGUCAGGAGUCAAUUACAUCGACACUUCCCCCUGGUAUGGCAACGGUCGCAGUGAAGAGGUUCUGGGCAAGGCGCUGAAGGGGGUACCUCGCCAGGCUUACUACAUAGGCACGAAGGUCGGUCGUUACGAGCCAGACGUCCUCAAGAUGUUUGACUUCUCGGCCAAAAAGACGUUGGAGAGCGUUGACAAGAGCCUCAAGCUUCUUGGCUUAGACUACGUCGAUGUCAUCCAGGUUCAUGACUUGGAAUUUGCCGAGAACACGGAUAUCAUUGUUAAUGAAACUCUGCCAGCUCUUGAGAAGGUCGUGAAACAAGGGAAGGCAAGGUACAUUGGCAUCACAGGAUACCCCCUGUAUGUCCUCAAAGAAGUCGUAGAGAAAUCAAACACCAAGAUUGACAUGAUCUUAUCCUACAGUCGAAAUACACUCUUCGACGACACCCUCAAGGAGUACAUACCUUUCUUCCAGAGCAAAGGAGUUGGCAUCAUCAACGCAUGCGCAGUAGCCAUGGGACUACUGACCGACGGGGGGGUGAGGCCUUGGCAUCCUGCUCCUCAAAAUUUGAGGGAAGCCGCUAAAAAGGCCAACGACCACUGCAAGAGCAAUGGCGUUGACCUGGCGAGGGUGGCUGUCCAUCACUCUCUGGCGACCGAGGGCAUCGCAGCGCAUCUGAUGGGAGCUAAUGACUGCAGCAUCUUCCUCAAGAAUUUGGAUACUGUGACGUCCGCGCCGACUGAACUCGAGCUCAGAAUGAUCAAGGAAGUUCGAGACAAGUUCUUCAAACCCAUCGAGAGGACGCACUGGGAGGACGAGGAUCCAGCCAAAUACUGGAAGAACAUCAGGCAGCUCAGAGGAGAGAUUCCCAAGGACGCCAACGCCGAAUCGUUCUUCAAUGACUUCUGAUCAUUUAUUUCAUGAAAAGGUGAAUGUCACAGACAUAAUCAAAUAAAAUGAUUGAAGAUA